GCGGCCUCUGUCUCCUUGCCCCUUCUCGUCUCCCUCUCCCGGAGGACCCCCGCGGUCCUGACCCGGCUUCUCAGGGGCUCCACGUUCCGACUCCUUUCCACAUUAAAGAGCUCCAGUUCAUUGGCCGCUUCCUCGAGGCUAAGCCCCACCCAGUCGCCCGAGAUCCGUCCCUCAUUGGUGUCCGUUUCUGUCACCCACCAUUCCUCCCAGUUAAUUGGCCCCAUUCAGGCCCCGCUCCUUUCGCGAUUAGCAGCCCUAUAAGGGUAAAUGCCUGCUCGAAUCCCGCCCCUGCAUUCUUCGUGUUGGUCCACCCCGCGGUCAUUAUCAUAAUGAGCAAAGAGUGGGCGGGGGCUUUGCGGCGAGGGGGGGGGCUUUCGGAGCCUCGGGCUCUGGCCUCUCCUACGACCGGCCGGGAGUGAGGAUGGCUAGUUGUGCUGCUGACACGGCCCGGGAAGCUGAGGUUCACGGAAGGGCAGCGGCGGGCCCGGGAUCGGCUAAAUGAGUUUAGGGCAAAAGCAGAAGUAGACGUCGGUCUAUUUCUCCUGCUCAUCUCCUCUAGUGCCUGGCCUCGAUUUCUUCCCCGCGGAAUAUGAUGCCCCAGCUCACUUGUGACCUAGAGCCAGUCGUUGCCUGUCGCAGGGCCUCAAUUUUCCUUCUAGGAGCCAUGUCCACCUUGUUUCCCUCACUCUUCCCCCGUGUGACUGAGACAUUGUGGUUUAAUCUGGAUCGACCCUGUGUGGAGGAGACAGAGCUGCAGCAGCAAGAACAACAGCAUCAGGCCUGGCUCCAGAGUAUUGCAGAGAAAGACAACAACCUGGUACCUAUUGGCAAGCCGGCCUCAGAGCACUAUGAUGAUGAAGAAGAAGAGGAUGAAGAUGACGACGAGGAUAGUGAAGAGGACUCAGAGGAUGAUGAGGAUAUGCAGGACAUGGAUGAGAUGAAUGACUACAAUGAGUCACCAGAUGAUGGAGAGGUCAAUGAGCCUUCUCUCCAGGUGGACAUGGAAGGCAACGAACAGGAUCAGGACCAGUGGAUGAUCUAGGUAGACAAGGCAGGGUGGCCUCAGGUAAAUUCCAGGCCAGCCCAACUUACCCUGCAUCCUCUGCAGAACCAGCUGAUUGCCCCAGUGCCUGAAAGCUCACCCUUGGGUAUCUCUUCAGCUGCUGCCAGGAACUGGUCUCCUUGGCUCCUCCCAGGCCAUCAGUUUGCCCGUGAUUCCCCAGGGCCUGAGCCCAACCCACCUUUCUGCCUAGUACCUCACCCUUUGGUUGCCAGGUAUAAUCUCUUUCUAACUCUCUUGAAUAAAGACACAGGACUGAUUUUUUC